AUGGGUGGGCUGUAUUUAGGUGGAGAUACUCAUGUAGUUAGAGUAGACUUUGGGUCAACGUUAAAGAAGAACAAUCUUGUUGAUGUAGUUAUCUCAGAAGGAUAUACUGAAAAUAUGGAUUCCUUUUCAUAUUUUYCAUCUGGGAUAGAAAGGAUUGAUAAGAAGGCACUGGAUAAGGAUGAAGAUUUUGAGGAAUGGGAAACCUUGAGGGGUUGUGGAAAGACAACAAGAGACAUCUAUGUCGUGAGAAGUGAUGACCCAAAUCUUGAAGGGUUUAAGAGUACUGGUGUUGUGUAUGAUGAUUCAGAUGAUGAAUCUGAUAAUGAUAGUGACARAGAGGAUAGUGAGUCCGAGAAAGAAGUAAAAGGAGUUCAAUAUUAUGCAGAUAAUGAUGAGUUAGUUGGACAACAUAGUCCAUUCCACAUAGAACAGCUUACAACACACCAGAAUUUGACAAUGCACUAG